AGAGGGCAACUGGAGGUGAAAUAAGCUUUUUGAACUUGGGAGAAUAUGAAUGCAGGUGCAAUGAAUAAUUAAUUAAUAUUUGGAAUUAUAGAUAUUUAGUAAUCCUCCUGGAUAUCCCUCUAUAUAUUGCUUUCAAAAGGGGAUCCCCAAUUUCAUGGCAUGACCCUUGUGGCCUUUCUUGUAUUUAUAUAUAUAAAGAGAGUAGAAUGGUGAUUGAAGAAUCAGAUAUCUGAAGGAAAAAAGAAAGAAGAAAACAGAGAGAAGUACUGUUUUUCUCUCUGUUUUUUUGUUUUAGUCCUUGAAUUCAUCACUAACAAGAGUGAGCGCUCUAAGCAAAAAGUUCAGUUGGAAAUCAGAUAUGGGUAAAGGAAGAGCUCCAUGUUGUGAUAAGAACCAAGUGAAGAGAGGUCCAUGGAGUCCUGCAGAGGACUUGAGGCUUAUCACUUUUAUUCAGAAACAUGGACAUGAGAACUGGAGGGCUCUCCCUAAACAAGCUGGGCUAUUGAGAUGUGGAAAGAGUUGCCGUUUAAGAUGGAUUAAUUACCUGCGGCCAGAUGUCAAGCGAGGGAACUUCACCAGAGAGGAAGAGGAUACUAUUAUAAGGUUGCAUGAGGGUUUGGGAAACAAGUGGUCCAAAAUUGCAUCACAUUUACCAGGAAGGACAGACAAUGAGAUAAAGAAUGUGUGGAACACUCAUUUGAAACGGAGAUUAGCUUCAAAGAAUGGGAAUAUUCAGCAGACAGAUGAAUCCAAGGAGUCCUCCAUGACCUCAUCAUCAUCAUGCUCCUCUAUUACGUUUGUGUCAUCAUCAAGUGGCAAGAGAAAUUUAGAGAUUGACAUUGAGCAUCAAUGGGAUGAAGGAUCUGUAAACAAAAAGCCCAGAGAGGCAUUUGCUAUGUCAGUAUCAGACAAAGCACAAGACUUCAAAACAGAGCUGUCAAACCACAGCAGCCCAUUCGAGGAGCCAAAAGAAUUGUCGAGUUCUUCAAUCUCGUCCUACAACUCCAACAUCACCAAUUCCAGUCAGAUUGAUGUUUCAAAUCCAGAAAAUCAAGCAGGUUCCCUGUUCAACUUUGCAGGACUUUAUGAUGCCAAUAACGCAUCAGAGGAAGUGAAUAAGCCAGAGAUCUUGGAUACCGCCUUCGAUAUCCCAUUGGAGUCUGAUUUGGAUUUUUGGGAUAUGCUGGAUAACUUAGGGUCAUUCCAGUCUGAUGGGAUUCAAUUACAUGAGAUGGAGGGCAACCAGAGCUCAAACUUUGGGGAAGGAUACAUCAAAGAAGCUGUAAAUAAGAAGUGGUUGCAUGACUUGGAAAAUGAACUUGGGCUGGAAGUAACCAGGGAUGAAAACCAAAACGAUUUGUCAAAUAAUGCUGCUGAGCCACUAGUCCCUGAGAUGUAUGACAUGCUGCUGAAGCCAGAAGCUGAUAUGGGAAUGGGUCACUAUCACGCCUGGUCCUCUUCACAACACAGUCCUGCAAUCUGAAGCAAAUUCAAUCCAGCAGUUCCUUAGUGAUGUUGACUAUUUAGUAGGUUUUCCAAACUUAGUUCAGUUAAUUAGGUCUUUUAAAAGAGUGGUGGAUAAUAUAAAAUAUUCAUCUCAUCUUUAUUUAAUCAUUUCAUUGUAGUUUGAACCAAACCUUAAAUUUUCUCCAAGCAAAUGACUAUACAACAUCUCUAAGUGGGUAGGUGAUGCUCUCCACUUGUUUUCUGAUUCAUGUCAGUUUAGCUUCUACAAAUACAGUGCCUGUGCCUCUUUGUACAUAAUUGUUUUUUUUUAAUGUGAAUCCAAUAUACUAUAAUUUUCUCA